AUGAAGGUACAGAAACUUGCAGACGCUAUCACUAUCGAAGCUACGACGUUUCAUGCUGAUGACAAUCUCAUGAAGAAGGCAAUACGUCCCAAGAUCGCCGCUCUCCAAAGUGAUGGAAUUCACUCUGCAGAGUGUAAAACAUCCCUCAGACGAGUGCUUGUGAACGCUCCCCUCAACCUUCAUGAAGGCCGAGUCGAUGGGUACAUGACUUACGACACAUUUGUUACCCAAUAUGAUCAAGACAAACUCGUGAGUGAGGGGGACGAAGUACAUCAAGCGGCCCAAGGCGCCCAAAAAUUCAUAGAAUAUUUUCUGCGUCAAGGAUCGCUACCUCAACGACGGGGGCUCAGCUACCCAGCCGUGAUCACCACUAUCCGGCGACACGUCCUCACAGUCUCGUUUUUCAUCCGAAUCACUGAACCCGGUGCAUCUGAGGCAACGGACAGAUAUGAAUGGUCUUAUGAUCGAGUCGCGUCCAUUAACCUUCGCCCUCCGGGUACAAGCACCAAACUCAACGACCAACAUUCCCUUCGCUUGGCCCUCUUUUUUACACGUAUAAAUGCGUUGAAUGUUCUGAUCAGCAGACAUUAUCGAACCGCCACCGCCGCAACAAGCACGACAUAUUGGCCUUUGUGCAAGGAAGCUAUGUGCUCUAACGAUGCAUUCUCUCUCGUCUAUCAAUCCCGUAUUAACCCCAAAGACCCGCGGACGUUCUACGCGAUGUAUAAGCCAACUUCAGACGAUCACCUACAACCCCGUGUCGUAGUGUGCAAACUCAUUUCAUCAAGGUAUGGUUCGGCACUUCAUACUCAUCUUGCGAAACAUCAGCUUGCUCCAUCGCUGCUACAUCUGAACCCACUUCCAACCCCUCUCAAUUUCCGCUUAGUAGUCAUGGACAAAAUCGACGCAAUCUGCGAAACUACCGGAAGCAAUGUGAACGGGGAGCGUCGGCAGCAGCUGACCCGACUUUUGGAGAUUUUGCGACUGAGUGGUCUUGUCCAUGGUGAUCUGCGGCCCCAAAACAUCCUCUUUUCCACCGACGGAGUCAAAAUUAUUGAUUUUGAUUGGGCGGGCGCUGAUGGUACAUCCUAUUAUCCGUUGAAUCUCAACGAGACUCUGGUCUGGCACAAGGGUGUCAAGGGGGGCAGUGCGAUGCAACAUGAGCAUGACCGGUUUCAGGUGGAUUUGUUGUUGAACCCAGAUGGAGUCCACAGUGUCGACUUGAAAAACGACUAG